UAAACUACUUCUUCUUUUGAUAUGUAUCAAGGAGAAUAAUGGUCUAUUGUGCAAUCCAGAUGUCAGACGGUGGACUAACAAGAAGGAUACAUUUCUUCCAACUUUGCAUGAAAAUGAUGUAGAAAUGAAAUUUUCCAUGGGCGGUGGUGGUUGUUCUCGGGCACGAAACUUCAGUCUACUCUGUUUUAAUGCGACAUAAAGUAUAACUUGGCUGGAGGGGAAAGUUGUGACAUGUCUAAAAGCAGGGCCCUGCCGCUCUAGGCUCUGCUAUGCGAGUUAUAAAAACGCGGAAGUCAUAAUUAGGCUGUAACCAUGCUGUCAAACAUAAGAACUGUGAACACUCGGAACAAACACAUGAGACUUUUCUGAAGUUUGGGAGCGUUUGCCUGAUCCAGCUGCUCAGGAGCUGCGCGUCCCUGCGCCGCAUGAAGCCGCCAGCCUGGCACCUGAAGGACCAGCUCUAUGGACAGCUCCGGGAUGCUCCGCGGGCUGCUGCUUGUUGGCCUGCUGUCCGUCCUGUGUCACGGCCAGGUGUCCCAGGAAGUCUCCGCGGAGGACUUCAAAGUGGGAAAACCCGAACCAGCCGCAGACAGAGACCUGAUGGAAGCACUGGAGGCUCUCAUGGUGGGGACGCACAAUCGGAUUUCCUCCCCAGAGAAAAGAGGGAACAUCCCGCUGUGUGGGAUGGGCGACCGCUGUGCCAUGAGGUUCGGGCCUCGCAUCGGGAAGCUCUGUGACUGCAGCACAGGAGCCAAGUGCAACUCCUACCUGCUCAAGUGCCUCUGAGCCACUGAAGACUUUUGUCUUUUUCCACACAGCAUCACUUCUGCAGGACCAAACAUCCUUAUGUGUAUCACCUGUGUGUUGUGCGUUGUCGUUGCCCGAGGAGAUGCAUGAAUGCUGUACCAUCUGUAGUGCUGCUGAUCCCCUGUAGCAUGUGUCAUGUUCAAUAAACAUUGUUAACAUCUA